AUGACGACCAUGGAUUUGCGAGUCGGUAACAAGUACCGUAUUGGCCGCAAGAUCGGUAGUGGCAGUUUCGGUGACAUUUACCUCGGCACCAACAUCAUUUCUGGUGAGGAAAUCGCCAUCAAGCUUGAGAGCGUUAAGGCCAAGCACCCCCAACUGGAAUAUGAAGCCCGUGUCUACAAGUCUCUCGCCGGUGGUGUCGGUAUUCCCUUCGUGCGUUGGUUCGGUACCGAAUGUGAUUACAACGCCAUGGUCAUCGAUCUGCUAGGCCCCAGUUUGGAGGAUCUUUUCAACUUCUGCAACCGCAAGUUCUCGCUCAAGACCGUCCUCCUCCUCGCCGACCAGCUCAUCUCCCGCAUCGAAUACAUCCACGCCAAGUCGUUCAUCCACCGUGAUAUUAAGCCCGAUAACUUCCUGAUGGGUAUUGGCAAGCGUGGCAACCAAGUCAACGUGAUCGAUUUCGGUCUCGCGAAGAAAUACCGCGACCCCAAGACCCACUUCCACAUUCCUUACCGUGAGAACAAGAACCUCACUGGAACUGCCCGUUACGCUAGUAUCAACACUCACCUCGGCGUUGAGCAAUCUCGCCGUGAUGAUAUGGAGUCCCUGGGCUAUGUCAUGCUCUACUUCUGCCGUGGUUCUCUCCCCUGGCAGGGUCUGAAGGCUGCUACCAAGAAGCAGAAGUACGACCGCAUUAUGGAGAAGAAGAUGACCACUCCCACUGAGGUUCUGUGCCGUGGCUUCCCCAACGAAUUCGCCAUUUACCUGAACUAUACCCGUUCCCUGCGCUUUGACGACAAGCCCGAUUACUCCUACCUCCGAAAGAUCUUCCGUGACCUCUUUGUUCGCGAGUCCUUCCAAUACGAUUACGUUUUCGACUGGACCGUCUACAAGUACCAGAAGAACGCCGCGAUGAUCGUGGAUGCGUCCAAGAAGGACAAGGAUGCCGAGGACCAGCAACGUCGCCAGGCUUUGCCUGCUGCUGGCCCCAUGGGAGGCGCCGGUGCUGCCAAGCCAGGUGCCAUUUCCAGCCAACGUCGUAAGGUCGUUGAACGCGGCGCCCUCGACACUCCGGACACCAACCGUGCCGUGGGAGGAAGUGACAGGAUUCUUCGGCGUUAG